GUGACGUGCGUGGCGGUGGGGGCUCGCGGGCUCCGGGCGGACGCUGACCCGGCUCUGUCCGAGCAGGAAGCGAGCAGCCACUGUUCGCCUCGUCAGCCUCGACCCUCGCGCAGCGCAGCCCGAGCACCUGCCCUGACCCGCGCCGGAGAUAGUGGAUAGUGCCUUCCAGACAUGGAGGACGGGAAGCCCGUGUGGGCGCCACACCCCACAGAUGGGUUUCAGAUGGGCAACAUUGUGGACAUCGGCCCUGAUAGCUUGACAAUUGAGCCCUUGAACCAAAAAGGCAAGACAUUUUUGGCUCUUAUAAACCAAGUGUUCCCUGCAGAAGAGGACAGUAAAAAAGAUGUGGAAGAUAACUGUUCACUAAUGUACUUAAAUGAAGCCACAUUGCUCCAUAAUAUCAAAGUUCGAUACAGUAAAGACAGAAUUUAUACAUAUGUUGCCAACAUUCUGAUUGCAGUGAACCCGUACUUUGAUAUACCUAAAAUAUAUUCUUCAGAUACAAUAAAGUCUUAUCAAGGAAAAUCUCUUGGAACAAUGCCACCUCAUGUCUUUGCAGUUGCUGAUAAGGCUUUCAGAGACAUGAAGGUGCUCAGGAUGAGUCAGUCUGUCAUUGUAUCUGGGGAAUCAGGAGCUGGCAAGACAGAAAAUACAAAAUUUGUUCUAAGAUACCUGACUGAAUCCUAUGGGACAGGUCAAGAUAUUGAUGAUAGAAUUGUUGAAGCUAAUCCACUCUUAGAAGCCUUUGGAAAUGCAAAGACUGUUCGCAACAAUAAUAGCAGUCGAUUUGGAAAAUUUGUAGAAAUACAUUUCAAUGAAAAGAGUUCAGUUGUUGGAGGAUUCGUUUCACAUUAUCUUCUAGAGAAGUCUAGAAUCUGUGUUCAAGGCAAAGAGGAAAGGAAUUACCAUAUCUUUUAUAGGUUGUGUGCCGGUGCUUCUGAAGAUAUUAGGGAAAAACUUCAUUUGAGCUCCCCAGAUAAUUUUCGGUAUUUGAACCGAGGCUGCACUAGAUACUUUGCUAACAAAGAAACUGACAAACAGAUUUCACAGAACCGCAAAAGUCCUGAGUAUCUUAAGGCAGGCUCCUUGAAAGAUCCCCUGUUAGAUGACCAUGGAGAUUUCAUUCGAAUGUGCACAGCCAUGAAAAAAAUUGGCUUGGGUGACGAAGAAAAGCUGGAUCUAUUCCGAGUUGUAGCUGGUGUCCUGCACCUUGGAAAUAUUGAUUUUGAAGAAGCUGGCAGCACUUCAGGUGGGUGCAAUCUGAAGAACAGAUCUACUCAGUCAUUGGAAUAUUGUGCUGAGUUACUGGGUUUGGACCAAGAUGAUCUUCGAGUAAGUUUAACCACGAGAGUUAUGCUAACAACAGCAGGGGGCACCAAAGGAACAGUUAUAAAGGUCCCCCUGAAAGUGGAGCAAGCAAACAAUGCCCGGGAUGCCCUGGCAAAGACUGUCUACAGCCAUCUAUUCGAUCACGUGGUGAACAGAGUGAACCAGUGUUUCCCUUUCGAAACAUCCUCCUAUUUUAUUGGAGUUUUGGACAUUGCUGGCUUUGAGUACUUUGAACAUAACAGUUUUGAACAAUUUUGUAUCAACUAUUGCAAUGAAAAACUCCAACAAUUUUUUAAUGAAAGGAUUCUGAAGGAGGAACAAGAACUCUAUCAAAAAGAAGGUUUAGGUGUUAAUGAAGUGCAUUAUGUAGAUAAUCAGGACUGUAUAGAUUUAAUUGAAGCAAAAUUAGUGGGAAUACUAGAUAUUCUGGAUGAAGAAAAUCGCCUUCCUCAGCCAAGUGAUCAACACUUCACAUCAGCAGUUCACCAGAAGCACAAGGACCAUUUCCGGCUCACUAUUCCCAGGAAAUCCAAGCUGGCAGUUCAUAGGAAUCUCAGAGAUGAUGAAGGCUUUAUUAUCAGGCAUUUUGCAGGGGCCGUGUGCUACGAAACAACCCAGUUUGUGGAGAAAAAUAAUGAUGCUUUACAUAUGUCCCUUGAGUCCUUAAUAUGUGAGUCCAGGGAUAAAUUUAUACGGGAAUUAUUUGAAUCAUCCACAAAUAAUAACAAAGACACUAAACAAAAAGCAGGAAAACUUAGCUUCAUCAGUGUGGGAAACAAGUUUAAGACACAGUUAAAUUUGCUUUUGGAUAAACUUCGAAGUACCGGAGCGAGCUUUAUUCGUUGCAUCAAACCUAAUUUGAAGAUGACGAGCCACCACUUUGAAGGGGCUCAAAUUCUGUCUCAGCUUCAAUGCUCAGGUAUGGUAUCCGUUUUGGACUUGAUGCAAGGUGGAUUCCCAUCACGAGCUUCAUUUCAUGAACUGUACAACAUGUAUAAAAAGUAUAUGCCAGAUAAACUUGCAAGAUUGGACCCAAGGCUGUUUUGUAAGGCUCUUUUUAAAGCAUUGGGCUUAAAUGAAAUUGAUUACAAGUUUGGAUUAACAAAAGUAUUUUUUAGACCUGGCAAGUUUGCAGAAUUUGAUCAGAUCAUGAAGUCGGACCCCGACCACUUGGCAGAGUUAGUUAAGAGAGUUAAUCACUGGCUUGUCUGCAGUCGCUGGAAGAAAGUCCAGUGGUGUGGGCUCUCUGUCAUCAAAUUGAAAAACAAAAUAAAAUACAGAGCAGAAGCUUGCAUUAAAAUGCAAAAAACUAUUCGGAUGUGGCUUUGCAAAAGGAGACACAAACCUCGCAUUGAUGGCCUGGUUAAGGUGGGCACACUGAACAAGCGACUGGACAGGUUUAAUGAAGUAGUAAGUGCAUUAAAGGAUGGAAAACCAGAGGUGAAUAAACAGAUCAAGGAUCUUGAAAUUUCCAUUGAUGCUUUGAUGGCCAAGAUUAAGUCUACUAUGAUGACAAGGGAACAAAUACAGAAGGAAUAUGAUGCACUGGUCAAAAGCUCUGAGGAGCUCCUCAGUGCAUUACAGAAAAAAAAACAGCAGGAAGAGGAAGCUGAAAGGCUAAGGCAUAUUCAAGAAGAAAUGGAAAAAGAAAGAAAAAGACGAGAGGAAGAGGAACAGCAUCGAAGAAAGGAAGAGGAGGAAAGGAGAAUGAAACUUGAGAUGGAAGCAAAGAGAAAACAAGAAGAAGAAGAGAGAAAGAAAAGGGAAGAUGAUGAAAAACGUAUUCAGGCGGAAGUGGAGGAGCAGCUGGCCAGGCAGCGGGAGGAAGAGUCCCAGCAGCAGGCGGUGCUGGAGCAGGAGCGCAGGGACCGGGAGCUGGCUCUGCGAAUCGCCCGGAGUGAGGCGGAGCUCAUCAGCGAUGAGGCGCAGGGCGACCUGGCGCUGCGCAGCUUGGAUUCCUGUCCUGUAACUUCUAAAAAUGAUGGAACAAGACCCAAAAUGACACCGGAACAAAUGGCCAAAGAAAUGUCAGAACUUUUGUGUAGAGGCCCUGCUGUGCAAGCCACUAAGGCAGCUGCCGGAACCAAGAAGCAUGAUCUUAGUAAAUGGAAAUACGCAGAACUGCGUGACACCAUCAAUACUUCUUGUGAUAUUGAGCUCCUGGCAGCUUGCAGAGAAGAAUUUCAUAGGAGACUAAAAGUGUAUCAUGCUUGGAAAUCUAAGAACAAGAAGAGAAAUACUGAAACAGAGCAACGAGCUCCAAAGUCUGUUACUGAUUAUGAUUUUGCACCAUUUUUGAACAAUUCACCUCAGCAGAACCCUGCCGCUCAGCUUCCUGCCAGGCAGCAGGAGAUCGAAAUGAACCGGCAGCAGCGAUUCUUUCGAAUCCCAUUCAUCCGCCCUGCUGACCAGUACAAAGACCCACAGAAUAAGAAGAAAGGCUGGUGGUAUGCCCACUUUGACGGGCCUUGGAUCGCCCGGCAAAUGGAGCUCCAUCCCGACAAGCCACCCAUCCUUCUCGUGGCUGGUAAGGAUGACAUGGAGAUGUGUGAGCUGAACCUCGAAGAAACGGGCCUCACUCGGAAGCGGGGCGCUGAGAUUUUGCCGAGACAGUUUGAAGAGAUCUGGGAGCGCUGCGGAGGCAUCCAGUACCUUCAGAGUGCUAUCGAGAGCAGGCAGGCGCGGCCCACCUAUGCGACAGCCAUGCUGCAGAACCUGCUCAAGUAGUGCUGCCGCUGAUCUGGCUGCUGGCCGAGGCCCAGGGAAGGAAACGUGCAUACCCGGGGAGUGAACCCUCCCUUGCUCGCGUUAGAAUAACUCGCGCAAAGCGAAUAGAUUGUACUAAUCGUGGUCUUUCGUUAAUUUAAGCUUAAUUAAGGUUGUGGGAGUGAAUUGGGGACCUGGCAAUUGUUUCCUUUAUCCAGUUAUAGCUCUUCAUCCCCACCUUUUUCUGAAGCUUGUCAGGCGUGGGCAGAUUCCACCCUCUCUCAGUCUUUGGCAGCAGACCACCUUAAGUCCUUCGGGAUUGUUCUCAAGGAAAAGAGAAUUUUACAAAUAUUUCAAAAGACAUAGUACCUUAUAACUGGAGUAAUGCAACAUUAGCUUAAAUUCCUUCAAAGAAUUAAGGCAUUUAAAAUGAUUACAGCAUUGAUGUUUGAAAAGCAUCUUAAAAGCUGUGUAUUUUCUCUGCUUUUUCAGAAAUUUACAGAUACUACCACCGACAGUAGAAAUUCUGUCCCUCCCCCCUCCUUUGCAGUGUGUCUUAGUUUGGUGAAGCAGUUCUUAUUAACUGCUAGAAUUCUGGAAAUACCUUAAUUUAUUUAGUAUGUUCUGUGAUAAAGGAAGUACUACUCACAGUGCCCAGCACUGAUUUGGUUUUCUUUUCUGUCAAACUGUGUGCUGCCAUCAGAAUAUUCUUUUGAUAUUUCACGUACAAAUAAAGAAAAUUCAGAUUGUUUAGACAUUUAAAAGUUUUGGGAUAAGUUUUGUUUCAUUUAGAAAGGGAAACAGCUUAGGUAGCACUUGGCUUAGCUGGACCGAAUUCAAAUACUCUUUCAGCUUCACCUCAAUUGCGUUUUUUGUAUGAGAAUCUCAUAUGUUUUAAGCUGGUGUUUGUUUCAAAUAUCUUUUUAAUUCCUAGUGUCAUUUUUUUGGCCUUUUGAGAUUUUGGUAAGUGUAGAGCUGUUUUAUAAGCUUUGUAAUUCAAAAGCCCAUGUACUUAAUAAUUGCUUGUUUCAUGUAACAGAUAAUUUAAAAAAAAAGUUUUCCUUGCGUGUCGUUAGUUUUGAUCAAAUGUCAGCAGUUUUAAGCCUAAUAUUUAUGACUUUCCAUAUUAGGAAUUUAGAGACAAAAGUCCAUCAGGGAGUUAUGUUGACACAAUCCUAAAGAGUCUUGUUUGUAUUUUAGAAUAAAACUAGAAAAUAAAAUUAUUCUCUGCACUUUUUUCCCUGAUUUUUAAAUACCCCAACUUUUGAAAUGAAGUUUCAGUGAUUUUUUUUUUUUUUUCCUAGAAAGAUACCUCAGUUAGGAAAAUAUUUUCCAGCUGACUAGAUUAAUGUUUGGGAGUCACAGAUAGUUUUCAGAGUUGCUCCUCUCUUAAUAAUGUCUUACUACAGAAAUAUUUAUUUAUUAUCAUACUGUACCAAUGAUUGCCUUGUGGUAAGGAAGUCCAAUGGCCUUGUCUGUGCUGUUAGCGAAAAGUGUGAAUGUGAUUAUCUUUGGUGGCUGUUUUACUGCUCAGACUCACCCAUCCUUGGGUCAUUUGGUGAUUGGGGACAUAAGGUGUAGCUACUGAAAUAAACGACCUGUUUACUCUCUCCUAUUUUAUACCUUUAAUUGGUGUUUUUAUUUGUGUAGGAAAGUGAGUGGCAUGCUUUAUUUCUUAAUCAGUAAUAAGUAAAUCCUUGAAAAAAAAUCUAGUAACCAAACUGAUUUUUAACGACCUGUCUACUGUUUUCAGAAAUUGUUUUAUGUAUAUCCUAGAUACAUGAAUUGGCACUAGAUGAAAAAUUAAAAAGGUUAAAAUAUUAUAAUGAGAGAACUUAAUGUUUUUGUGGCAUUUGUAAGAAAUAUAGUAAAAGAUUGUUGAAAGUCCUUUUAGUUUUUGACUGAUAGUUAAUAAAAUCAUACUUAAUCUUAA